GCUCAUGUGCGACUCAUCCCAUCGUCAACUGCUUCCUUCAACACCAACUACUCAGAAUAUACAAUCGAUUAGAAUCAACUCAAGCGGACAAGCCUUGACAACACUGGCUGCAGUUUUCGCCCGGAAUCUCCUCGGGUUUCGGUUUACAUUGAAAAAGGGGCAUCUCCUCCAUCACCAACACUUGCUCCAUACCAGCUGUACUUCCCGCCCAAGCUUCCCGAGUACACAACAACGAGAUAUGUCUCUACGACGCUCAUCCCGUGGGAAGUCUCUCGGCGAACAAAAUGGGGGACAGCUGUCAGUGCCUCCGACGCCAAACGACGCUCCAACCAAAAAGCGUGGCCGGCAAAGCAAAGGCGCUGAAGCCGUCGUAUCAACCAAUGGCACUGCCGAUGAGGCAAAAGCAGCAAUGCCGCCUCCUCCAAGUACGCCCAACAAGCGACGCAAAGUAGUGAAGACGGAGCAGCCACCUCCCUUCACCCCUACCCCUUCGGCUGUCGGAUUGAUCGGGGCGCCAGGCGGCAACUAUAGCACCGGCGACAUCGACGACGUAACUCCGCCGCCUCCAACGAGGAGAGCCGAACCGCGCCACACGAAUGCCCCACUUCUCACACCCAGGGGAACGCAAGUCGAACCGACAUACAGCAACUUUGAAGAAUCGCCCUCGAAAGCCGGGUCGAAGUCUCUAACGACCAACAAGUCUCUCCUGGAAGAUGCAUGCGCACAUCUAACCAGCACAGACGCGAAGCUGGAACCCGUCGUCAACGCGCACCACUGCCGCGUCUUCUCCCCCGAAGGCCUGGCGGAGACCAUCGAUCCCUUCCGCUCCCUUGCGUCCGGCAUUAUGGCGCAACAGGUCUCGGGUGCAGCAGCUCGGAGCAUUAAGAACAAAUUCAUCGGCCUGUUCCCGCCCGAAUCGUGUCCGAACGGCUUCCCCACCGUAGCCGUCGUCUCGCAAACCUCCAUCCCCCGACUGCGAGAAGCAGGGCUGUCGCAGCGGAAAGCAGAGUACAUCCAAGGCCUCGCGCAGAAAUUCCACGACCGCGAAUUGACCGUCGACAUGCUCAUGAACGGCACGGACGAGGAAGUGAUGGAGAAGCUCGUCGCGGUGCGCGGACUCGGGCGAUGGAGUGUGGAGAUGUUCAUGUGCUUUGGUCUGAAGAGGAUGGACGUCUUUUCCACCGGCGACUUGGGCGUGCAGAGGGGCAUGGCGGCGUAUGUGGGGCGAGAUGUCGCCAAGUUGAAGACGAAGGGAGGAGGGAAGUGGAAGUAUAUGAGUGAGAAGGACAUGCUGGACAUUUCGGAGAAGUUCAGGCCGUAUAGGAGUUUGUUUAUGUGGGUGAGUGGAGUCCUAUGUCCUCCCUUUAUCUUUGAGAUCGACGCUGAUAUGCUCGACAGUACAUGUGGCGGAUCGAAGACGUGGACGUUGCUGCGGUGGAAGAUAACUAGGGUCGAGCUUGGGAUGUACCUGCUAUCUCCCGUACGGUUGCGACCAUAUCAAUACAUUUCUUCAGCUGGGACAAUGCCGUUCCGCCUCAGAUCUCGAACUUCUCGUCUCAUGUUCGAGCGCGGCUACGAUAUUUCACAGCUGCAUUUCGGCCUCGCCGAGCCUUGCAGAGGGGUGGAGAGACCAGCAGCGCAGCGCAUCGCACGCGUGCUGCGACUCGACUCAUAGGUCGUCGCACGGCCCGCUCACAUCAAUGAGAUCUGCACGCUCUGAUGACAGCAUGCCAUGGGCCAAAAGUAGGCGAGAAGAUCGUGUUGUCGAAGCGUCGUGCGCAGAUUGUUGGCGAGCGGCUCGGUCGGGAAUCGUAAUGUUCGUAUGCACCGCCGCUGUUGCACAGUUGGAUGGCGAGUGAAGCACACGUCCCAAGCGCAAACCCUCACCCUUCCCUCGACCUCCCUCCCCUUCCCUGAAUAGUCCUAAGCCUCUCCUCAACCUCACUCCUCCCACUCCCCUUCCCACCUCCACCAUCCCCCUUCUCAACGUCCUCGCCUUCGACCCCCC